GAUUGACAAGGAGAGAGAGAAUGCUGCUGAGCUCCCCCUUCAUCGUCUCCCCGCCGACGCUGCGGGUCUCGCCCUCCCCGCAGCAGGCGCAGGGGUGCCGGCCGGCGGGGCUCCUCCGGAUCGAGGCGGCGAAGCAGCUGACGGGGCGGGUGGUGACGACCAAGGCGGACAAGACGGUGGGCGUGGAGGUGGUGCGCCUGGCGCCGCACCCCAAGUACAAGCGGCGGGAGCGCAUCAAGAAGAAGUACCAGGCGCACGACCCGGAGAACCAGUUCAAGGUCGGCGACGUCGUGGAGCUCCGCAGCUCCCGCCCCAUCUCCAAGACCAAGCACUUCGUCGCCAUCCCGCUCCCACCCCGCGACACCCGCCGCAAGUCGCAGCUCCUCCCGCCGCUCCAGUCGCAGCAGGCCGACGGCGACCAGCCGCCGCCGUCCACGGCAGACUAAUCAGAGUGACAUCUCCUGCCUGGCUGCAGCAUUCCUUCCCUGUUAGCAAUGAACCACUCACUCUACUUGUUGUCCGAUUAAGAUUUCCCUGCAAUUUGCCGGAUACUAAUGUCUCCCCGUUUCAAUCUCAAAAUCUCGUUAUUAUA